GCAAAUGAGUAUAAAUACCAGCACCUUUUCCCUCAGUCAACCAUCACAAAGGAGCUGACAAGAGUCAAUGAGAGAGUCAAAGGAUCUGACCACCUUAAACCACUCAAACCUCCUGAAGAUGAAGACGUUCAGCGUUGCAGUUGCAGUUGCCGUUGCACUCAUGUGUAUUUGCAUUCAGCAGAGCUCUGCCACAUUUGCUGAGAUACGAGAACUGCAAGAGCUACAAGAGGCUGUGAGCAAUGACAGUCCAGCUGCUGAACAUCAGGAGGUAUCAGCUGACUCAUGGAUGAUGCCGUACCACAGACAGAAGCGUGGCAUGAAGUGUCGCUUUUGCUGCGGCUGCUGCAAUGCUGGUGUCUGUGGAUUGUGCUGCAGAUUCUGAGAAUAUCUACCUGCGAUUAUCACAACAACCACUAAAUAUUGACUGUUAUACAUGAAAUGAUUUGACUGCUUAGCAUUUGUUAAAGUCUGACAGUGUUUCUUCAUUCGGUCAUCCUGCUGUAACAGUGAACAGUGUUCCAAGCAUUUGGAACUACAGUAUGUUAUUAUAUUAAAAAGUUCAGAGUCACUAUACUACAACAUGUGCUGUUUUUUUCUGUUUCUG